AAGCGGAGGGAAAAUCAAAACGUCAAAAGAAUCUGAUACAAGUCAGUUGUAGAUCUGCGCAUCUUCAGUCAGGACCGGGACAGAAGGCCGAGACGGCGAGAGUGCUUUUACACGCUGGCGCAAGGACCGUGAGGCCUGAUUUUCCAACAUCAUCCCGACAGAUGCAAGCCGUAACGUCGUUGUGGUGUGUUGCCAACGGUAGCCUAGCCACGAGUCUCAGUGUGCCACGUCGCGAGACUGGAGGUAGCUACGCAGGCAAAGAAUGUUCAUGUGGUCAGGUCAGGGAAUGAAUAGGAUUUCGGUUGGCGCUCGUGUCUUUGCAGUUAUUGUUAUUGGCGUUUGCAUCGCAGCCAGUUCUCCACUAAGUCGUUUUCUCUGGUUUUCGGCACACGCGUCCGCACGGGUCAGUGGUAGCACUGGUUCGCUUCGCCGUCCACGUCCGAGCUCGGCAAAGCAUGGAUCCGUGUCCGAGAUAUGUGCGGGAGGAUCCUGUGUGCAUCCUAGCUUAUUCGCCGGGGAAGGAGAUGAUGAUCGGCAGACUAUGGAUGUGUCAGCCAGCCCUGGAAGGAUCAGCAGCUCGGUCACUGUUAUUAAACCCACCGCGGCGGCCAACCAAUCGGGGCGCUACCGACUCAGUACUAGCGUGACUAAGCUCAGUCCAAACGUAAUGGAAUCCAUUGAGCGCUUCGUGUUCUUCAUCGGCUACCCACGUAGUAUGCACACACUAGUGGGGUCCAUACUGGACGCCCAUCCACAUGUUGUCAUCUCCAAUGAAUACAAUCUGCUCCUGAAUUUCGCGAAGCAGCCCGACAUGACCCGGAGACAGAUCUUUCAAGCGAUUUAUGCCCGCUCCCAGCUGGACGUUACCUAUGGCAAGCGGUAUGAUCCCAGGGAACCACAGCCAACAGCGAAGGUCUUGCCAAGAGAUUCCUACUCAUACUUUAUACAGGGACAGUGGCAGGGUAGCUUCAAGGGACACAUUAAGGUUAUCGGAGAUAAGAAAGGUGGAUCAACUAGCCAAUUUCUGGCGUAUACCAAGUAUCAUCGUGUACUCUCAUCAAUGCUGAAAAGAGUUGGUCUUCCUACCCGCGUCAUCCACGUCAUUAGGAAUCCUUUUGACAGCAUUUCAACCAUAUUCCUACGCAAAAUGGGUAGCCGCUUCUCCGCCAAUAAUACUACACCGGUAGAGAACAACGAGAAGCUUGAGUUUUACCUAGUGAGAUAUCUCAGGCUUGUCGAUGCGAAUGCAAUGUGUCAUGGGAGAAAGGACUUUCCACCGAUAUUGGACAUCCAUGCAAGAGAUCUGAAGAAGCAGCCCCGGGCCGUUCUGCUCCAGCUGUGCCGCUUUCUUGAAAUUGAAUGCUCUGAUGAAUACUUGAGCAGCUGUGAGUCUAUUAUCCAUCACAGUGCUUCCAGAACUAGGGAACGUGUUGUCUGGCCUCAGCACCUGAAAGACACAGUGAACAGGAAGAUCCAAGAAGUAGCCUUUCUCAGUGGAUAUUCGUUUGAUUCCGAAUAGUCCAUGGUCAGCCCACCCAACCGUUGUUUCCGGCUGUGAGUACUGUACUGUCAAAGCAGGCAUCUAGCUGGCCGCUCCGCAGGCACCGAGCAUCAGAUGAACUGUACGUCCUGGAGAUGCCGUUUCUCUCAAGCAUGGAUUUUCGGUAUCGGCAGCAGUGUGCACGUAAAUGUACGCGUGAGACUGUAGAAACUGCACGCAUGUAUACUGCCGCCGGUCAUACACAGCCGCCGCCGGUCAUACACAGCCACCGCCGGUCAUACACAGCCACCGCCGGUCAUACACAGCCGCCGCCGGUCAUACACAGCCACCGCCGGUCAUACACAGCCACCGCCGGUCAUACACAGCCACCGUCGGUCACACACAGCCGCCGCCGGUCAUACACAGCCGCCGCCGGUCAUACACAGCCACCGCCGGUCAUACACAGCCACCGCCGGUCAUACACAGCCACCGCCGGUCAUACACAGCCGCCGGCGAUCACUCUCAUGCUGAAUUUCCUCGCAAUAGCACCCCGUGGUGAUCAUGCAGCCCUGGGCAGAAGGCCGUAAAAGGGAGAACGAAUGGAUCGGCCAUCGCAGCAAUGGUAGGAUGUGUCACAGUGGUACAGUGCAUGUAGGUAGCCUCAGGAGAACUCUCAAAUGUCCAUUGUUGCCUUGGUGUUGUGGGCAACAACAGACGUGACCCAGCAGAACAAUGAAUUUAGAAGGAGGACAGGAUCAGCAACAGCAAUGGCAGCAACGUUAUCGGCAGAAGUGGCAUCGGAUGAGUCAAAAAAGAUUAACAAGAACGGCAAUGGCAUCGCAACCAUCAGCAGAGGCAGCAUUGGAUGUUUCUACACCUUUCAUAAUUUUACUUGUACAUGUAUGUUUGAGAAACAACAAUUUAACAAGUUUCGGGUGCGACAGGAAAGAUAUGAACGCAACAAGUAAGGCUAGCUGCGCAUUGAACACACACACACACACACACACACCAUUUACUUCAUUGCAUUUUUGAGUAUUUAUACUGCUACACGUUCAUUUGGCUUUGCCAGUACAUGAGCCUGACUUGUCUAAUACUAGUAAUAGUGAUCAUACUGGUUAGUUUCUUUUCUGCCUCAGUGUAUCCAUGAUCCACCUCAGUCCUGAUGACAAAGCCAUGAAAGCACCGGCGGAAAUAU